CGGGAGCGGCCGCGGAGCCGCCGCCGCCGCCCAGACUGCGCCGCGCGGGAGGCGGGAUUCGCAAAAAAUAAACCAGAAUGAGUUAUGCAGAAAAGCCUGAUGAAAUCACGAAAGAUGAGUGGAUGGAAAAGCUCAACAACCUACACGUCCAGCGGGCGGACAUGAACCGCCUCAUCAUGAACUACUUGGUCACAGAGGGCUUUAAGGAAGCAGCGGAGAAAUUUCGCAUGGAAUCUGGGAUUGAACCCAGCGUGGAUCUGGAAACUCUUGAUGAGCGAAUCAAGAUUCGGGAGAUGAUUCUGAAGGGUCAGAUUCAGGAGGCCAUCGCAUUGAUCAACAGCCUUCAUCCGGAGCUCUUGGACACAAACCGGUACCUUUACUUUCAUCUGCAGCAACAGCAUUUGAUUGAGUUGAUCCGCCAGCGAGAGACUGAGGCAGCGCUGGAGUUUGCCCAGACGCAGCUGGCAGCAGGCGAGGAGAGCAGAGAGUGCCUCACCGAGAUGGAGCGCACCCUGGCCCUGCUGGCCUUCGACAGCCCCGAGGAGUCGCCCUUUGGAGACCUCCUCCACAUGAUGCAGAGGCAGAAGGUUUGGAGUGAAGUUAACCAAGCUGUUCUAGAUUAUGAAAAUCGCGAAUCAACACCCAAGCUGGCAAAAUUACUGAAACUGCUACUUUGGGCUCAGAAUGAGCUGGACCAGAAGAGUAAAUAUCCCAAAAUGACAGACCUUAGCAAAGGUGUGAUCGAGGAGCCCAAGUAGAGCCUGUGCAGCCAACCCCGCGCUUUCUGCGCACAGGACUCACCUUCCCUCGGCUCGACCCAAGGAUCUCACUGCAGUAGAAACCUUUUCCCCUGUACUUUUUUUUUUUUUUUUUUUUUUUUUUUUUUUGACUA